UCUUUUACUUUGUUCUUGAGGGUUGUGUUCGCCGUUCACUGAUUACUUCUUUCAUCUUCCUAUGAUGGCGCUGUGAUUUAUCGCUGUGGCGUUUGUCGGAUCUCCCGUAUUCAUUUAGUGGUAUUGACUGAAUGCCUCAUUGGCAAGUCGGCAUAUCGAUAUCCAGCAGUACACUUCACUUCUUCCACCACGUUCGUAUUUAUUCUUCCAAAGAAAAUCUUUAAGAAAAUCUAUUCUCAUCCUCACUGCACCUCUCUCAUUCGCAUUCGCUCAGCUACAAUGAUCGUACGAGUGCAGUCAAGCGAGGGCACGAAGCGUGUGGAAGUUGACAACAGCUGUAAUGUCACCGAACUUCUGUCAAAGGUUGCACUUGUGUUUGAGGUGCCCUCGACAGUCAGCUGGAGUUUAUGUCGCUCACGCAAUGGCGGUGAUCCGUUGUACCAUAGCGACGCCAGCAUUGCCAGCCUGGGAUUCAAGAAUGGUGAGAUGAUUUACUUGUCGGUAUUCCCAAGUCAUCCCGCCGCUAAUGGCAAUCGUGAUGCCGCUGCCACCUCCGUGCAGCAAGGAACUAGUGCAACGGCUUCUGCAGCAGCAACGGCUGGAACAUCUGUCAACGGUGCAACAGCAGCAGCAUCAUCCACAGGGGCCACAGCAGCCACAUCGUCCAACGUGGUAGAAGAGGAUGAGAUCGACAAGACCCUGGCCAAAAGCAAGGGCACUAUAGAGAGAGGUCGAGAUGCACAGUUCUGUCGUCAUGGUGAUCAAGGGCGCUGCAUUCACUGUACUCCUAUACAGCCGUACGACCCACAAUACUUAGCUAAACAAGAGAUAAAGCAUAUGUCAUUUCACUCAUAUGUUCGCAAACUUCACAGUGGCGUUGACAAGGGAAAAUUUGUGUUUCUGGAAAACCUGAGCUGCAAGAUUAAGCCAGGCUGCACAGAGCAUUCGCCUUGGCCAAACGGUAUUUGUACCAAAUGUCAGCCGAAUGCUGUCACACUAAAGCGACAAGAGUACCGUCAUGUUGAUAACAUUAUGUUUGAGGAUCCGUCCAUCAUGGACCGUUUCCUUCAGUUCUGGCGUACGAGUGGUCAGCAGCGCAUGGGUAUUCUCUAUGGGAAGUACACUGAACAUAAGGAUGUACCACUUGGUAUCAAGGCCGUCGUUUCCGCAAUCUACGAGCCACCGCAGGUGGGGACAGCCAACGGAGUGCGUCUUCUUCCUGAUGAAAACGAUGAACGUAUUCAACGCCUUGGCCAGCAGCUAGGCCUUAGACCGGUCGGCUGGGUAUUCAGUGAUUUGGAGAGUGAGGAUCGCAGCCAGGGUACAGUCAAGUAUUUCCGGCACAUGGACUCCUAUUUUAUCAGUGCUGAGGAGUGUAUCAUGGCUGCCGACUACCAGGCCCGGCAUCCAUCCCCAUGCAAGUAUUCCACGUCUGGCUACUUUGGAUCGAAGUUCUCCACAGUUGUUGUGUCAGGUGGUGUUGAUAAUCAGAUCUGCAUGGAAGGUUAUCAGGUUACUGACCAAUGCAUGGCAUUGGUCAAUGAUGAAUGCUUUGUACCGACUGUGGAUGCUCCUGAGCUGGGAUACAUCAAGGAGUCUACAAUUGAGCAGUAUGUCCCUGAUGUCUUUUAUAAGAUCAAGGAUGAAUAUAACAGUGAGGUCACAAAGAUUGCUCGUCCUCUGCCAGUAGAGUAUCUGCUUGUCCAGGUGCCAGUUGCUGCUCCAGUAAAUCCCACUCCGAUGUUUGCUGCCGACAUUUCUGCCGCCAAGUUUCCUAUUGAGAACAGAAGUGCUGUUGGUGAGGUUCAGGAGUUCCCUGCUUUCCGCAAAUUGGUGCACAGCAAUGCAUCAUCGUUCCUUGACAUUGUCAGCAGUUUCCACGUGCUUGCGUUCAUGGCAUGUUGUGACAUGAUGCCCAUACGGGACACAUUGAUGACGCUGUGCCAGGCUGUGGUAAAUCGUGACCAUGAUCAGGCUGCACGUUGGUGUCAAUCACCAGAGUGGGCAACUGUCCAGCAGGUCAUGGAUGCCCUAGGUGACGAACCUAUGGCCGCCCAAGAUGUUACUGACAGUGGUUUCAGCAAAGGUGGUGCUGGGGCAGGCGAGCAAGCAGCAGCUGGCAAGUGGGAAUGUGCGCACUGCACCUAUCGUAAUUCCAGCUCAGUCCAGUCGUGUGAAAUGUGCACCCUUCCACGUGAGGCGUGAGCCCAUCAUCCCUUGCCCGAAUGCAAGCUGCGCUGGGAGACUGUAGUGUCUCCGAAGUGUUGUGUAGUGAGCAAUGUACAGCUUUGUUCUUUUUCUUUCAUCCUUGUAUUAUUCCCAGUGGCCCCACCUUGUACAUGUACGUCUUGUAACUCUGUACACCUGUACACCAACUCGAGCAGGGUAAUCAUUGUUCUCCUUACUCUUUCUUUUUAGUGCCUCUCUUUCUGCCUGUACAAAAGCCUCCGUCUUGUAUCUGUCCUUUGUGUACAAAAGCUAUCGUCCGCGUCCCAUUUGUUUUGUUUGUUUUUUUGGUUUACCCUCUUCUCCUUGGUCAGAAAAGAGACUGCCCUGUGUUUGAUAUUAAAAUCUUACCAACCUGUUCGAACGUCUAUUGUGAUUACGAUGUCAUUUCUUUUUAUCUCUUUCACCAGUCCUCAGUCCUGUUACUACACGCGAUCCGUUAGGAUUUUUAAGGCUCGAUGAUGCUCUUUUAUAAUGUUGCUCUAGAAUCUUAGCUAUUGCUGUUGACUUGA